AUGUGUUUCUGCGGCGAGGGUGUCAUCGAGCUCAUCUCCAAAUCCGAUCGAAACCCUUACCGCCGAUAUUAUCGAAGUCUCCAUGCGGCUCAAAGGAGGCUUGUGAACGACAAUCAUGUCUUCAAAUGGGUCGAUGAGGCAUUCAAGGAUGAGAUACAACAGUUGGACAACCAAGUUCAUGUGCUAGAAGAAGAACUUCAACCUCUCAAAACGACCAUGAGAAUUGAAGGACCCAAUAAUGGAAGGAUAGUUGGUCCUCUCUCCAUCUCGCUCUCCUCUCACAUCACAAACCGAGAUCUAAGAAUUCGCGUCAUGGAUCCAUGGGAGGAGAAAAUGAACAAGAAGGAGAAGAAGGAGAAGAAGAAGAUGAAUGAACACUUCGACAAGCUUGGGUACGUAACCGAUGCCCACUACGGGAUUCCAAUUCGUUUCCCAUGUGGGGAACGAUUCAUCGACGAGGUCUCUCUAAAACCAAAGUAUCCAACAUAUUUUGAUACUUUUCCUGGUAUUAGAUACUUCCCUUUCAAGAACUUCGAGAACGAUAGCCUCCAUUUUCGUCAACCAUGGGUUUUCGGUGUCCAUGAAGAGGUUCAGCGGUUAAGGAAGCGUAUGAAUAAGAUGGCUGAUGAGAUUGAAGAGAUUAAGGAGCUUAUGUCCCGUCGUCCAUGA